GCUACUGAAAAGCAGUCGAGAGUCACUUUGGGUUUCCCAGUGUUCUUUUCACAUUUGCGUCAAAAUGACGCAGAUACGGAGGCUACAAAAGGCGCUACUUGUUGGGCUAUGGUCUUCACUGUGUUUUCAGUAUGUGGCGUGUCAAAUUAAUCCCGCCUUUGGAAGCUUAGUAAGAAAACAGAAACAAGCUGCCAAAGCGGGACUUUCCAUUUCUGAUUACAAAGGAUUGCUUUCUGAACGAGGUAUAGAUGUUGAUAAUGUGGAAUCGCUUCUCCAUGAUGACCAUAGGCUUGCGCAGUUCGUACGGACGCAUCUGGCCGAGGCGGUGGAAGGUGCGAGGCAUGUACAAGUGGAGGCCAAACUCUGGUAUGGUUUAGACGAUGAAAGUCUCCUAUCUGAGAUCUGUUACCGGGACACCAUGCAGUACUUCUCAGAUCUAGACAAGGGGGAAGUUUACGCAAAAAGAAUGCGUGGGGCACAUGGCAAUGUCAUACCAAAACUCGAGACAGCUGAGUAUACGUUGAACUUUAAAGACUUUGGCAACCACUGGCUCUGUACAUCCAACACAGCCAAUAAGACUUCCGGUGUGCCCUCUUUCGAUGCCCAGUAUUGUGCCGCUGUUGGAUCCUGGUUUGUGGUUUGGGGUACAUGUUCACCCAAUACGUGCACCACCAAAGAAAUUCAAGCCGUAUCCGACACAAUAUGGUCGGCCCUUGGUGUAACAGAGUCACCCGUCUAUUACGAAUGCAAUGAACCAGAAGAAUGGAGGACAGCUGACAUCGCUUUCCUGGCUUUGAUGUCAUUUUUUCUCGCCAUGGUAGUGGCCGGCACCUUCUACGAAAUCUAUCUUCAUAAGAUAGUUCUGGCAAAGGUAUUGAAACAAACGGAAGUCAAACAGAGAGAGGACGAUCCCGCAGCUGAUGACAAACCUAAGAUGAAGACGACAUCCGUUGAUGACCCGGAGGUAUUCGAGGUUGGUUCCGAGGUCAAGGAAAAUGGCGCGAAGUGCAAUGGAGGAUUUGAGAAGGGGGAGGACCCUGUAAAGGAUGGCAAAGAACUUCAUGUGCAGAUGACAGAGGAGGCUAUCGAGGAGAAGAAGCAGAAGAAGCCGAAGAUUGAUCUGAAAUGGGCUGUCCUGGAUGGCGUCAUGAUGUCAUUCUCAGUUGUGACCAAUUUGCCAAAGAUCAUGAGCGCCAAGAAGACUAAGAGCAACUUGGCUGCUCUUAAUGGCCUGAGGGUCAUCAGCAUGUUCUGGGUCAUCCUCGGACACUCCUUUCAAUUCCAGCUUGGUCACUUGGAUAAUUUCAGUGAGGCAUACGGCAACGUUCAAUCUUUUGCCGGAUUAGCCAUCGUCAACGCAACCUAUUCCGUGGAUACAUUCUUCGUACUCAGUGGCUUCCUUGUGACGUACAUGACACUGAAGCAGCUUGAAAGUAAACGACUCGGUAGCGCCGGCAGCUGGUUCAUGUUCUACUUCCACCGUUGGUGGCGCCUUACUCCGGCCCUCAUGGCGAACAUCGGCAUUUUCGCCUUGCUGAAGCCGCACUUUGCCCAGGGUGUACUGACCGACGGCUUCCAUGAGCAGGUUCGAACCAAAUGCGCGGAAACCUGGUGGGCUUACAUGCUGUAUGUCAACAAUCUCUUCCCGUGGCCAAACGACCUCGGCGAAACAUGUUUUGGCCAUGCAUGGUACCUGGCAAAUGAUAUGCAGUUCUACAUCAUUAGUCCUCUGAUUCUCAUCAUCUUGUAUAAGAAUGUUAAAGCAGGGAUGGCUCUUAUUGGCUCCAUUAUGGUCGUGUCUUUGGGAUCCUUGGCAGGUCUUAACUGGUACUAUGGAAUCAACCUCGAUCCGUGGUAUCAACAACCGGCUUACAACGACCGUUUAGCAGACUACCCUGACCAGGAUGUGACGUACGCCAAACCUUACACCAGAAUUCCAACCUAUCUCGUUGGCAUGGUGAUGGGUUAUAUCAUCUUCAAACUCAGAGAAAAGAAAGUCAAACUAAGGAAGAUCUACGUCCUAGUUGGAUGGGUGUGUGCUCUCGGCACCCUCUUUGCAGUGGUCUACGGUGCUUAUGGCUGUCUCAAUCGCUACAUCGAACAAUGGGAGUCCAUCAUCUAUCUGACGUUUGGUCGUCUAGCGUGGGGAAUCGGCGUCGCCUGGAUCAUCUUCGCGUGUCUCAAUGGAUACGGCGGUCCCAUCGGGUUGCUGCUUGACUGGUCUUUCUGGAUACCCAUGACCCGCCUCACCUACUGCGCCUACCUACUCCACCCCACGUGGAUCUUCAGCGUUGUCACCUUCAACAAGACUCCCUACCAUAUGGACAUCCUGUCACUUAGCUACUUCUAUGUGGGCAAUCUCGUCUUCUCUUACGUCUUAGCUUUGGUAAUGUCCUUGGUCUUGGAAAGUCCAUUCAUGGGGCUGGAGAAGGUCAUGUUCGGAAAAUUCAAGACGAAGUAAACAACCGGCUAUCAGAACGAGUCACUGGGAUGUCGGCGAACCUAGCUGUACUGACGAUAGUUUUGUGAAAAGAUGCCCAGAUUGCUAAAAUAAUAGAGAUGAAGGGGGGAGGGUGGUAAUAGAUGGACAUGAUUUUAACUCAAUUGCUAACACCAGUAAUAAUUCGAACAAUUUCUUUAUUCUUUGGUUAGAAAUUGAAUGAUUUGAUAUUGUCUUCUUUUUACGUAUAAUCAUGAUCAAAUAUGGACGUCUUUAUUAGGGUUUUAACAAGUUGGCCUUGACGAUCCACUUAUUUUAAGAAAAAUACUUCGUAUUUAAAUGAUUUUAAAAAGUUGUCUCAAUGACUUAUUUAUAAUGACGGUUUGUGUGCAUACUAAUUAAUUUACACCUUGGCCAGGGAUAUAAAUUCAUUUCCUUUUAAAGCAAAAUUAGGUAAUUACUUCACAGUAGUUUAAAAUUAUUAUCUUGUUAUACUUUUAAGAAGGCCUACAGGACAUCCAUUUAUAGUUUCAAUAGUACUGAUUUGCUUUCAAAUAUUGUAGUAUUGGUGUUUGUGUUGUAUACUUGACCUACAAAUUAAGAGAAUGUUAGAAGAUAGAAUACUCAGUUCAGAAGUAGUGGUAGAGGUACAAACGUUUUAUUGUUACUGUGUAAUAACAUGAGAUGAUAAUUGCACUUGUUGUGGCCUCAUGUCCACACUUUGACAACCCAAAUUGAGUUAUUUAAUCAUUAGUUUGCUUAAAAGAAUAUAGAAUCUUCACCUUUUUUAAUACGAAUGUUAAUAUUAACAAUAACAGCAAUUUACUAGAUGGGAGAGCUAAUCUGUGUCAACUGAGAAAGUAAAACCUUCACAAAAGUUACACUGUGGAUAUCGAUUUCUAUCAUUCGCAUAAGUCAUUGUAUUUUACCUAAGUUUUUAACACAAAGUGUUGUGUGCAAAAAUGAGAACAUGCGGUAUCCAACACUGCAUGUAAAGGUUGAAUCUUGCAUGUUAAAAGUGUUAAUCUCACAAUCUGUAAAAGUGGUUACUCCUCCGCCCUUUUAAAGUAA